UUUUCGGAAGACAUUUAGCAAAAAGCCGCGUCCUCCUCUCCUUUUCAUGUAGGAUGCGGGUGCCCUUGGUUACCGAGUAACUCUCACAUCUAUUUGGCGCUCCCGAAUAUCGAGCUGGGACCGCGCAGCGCGCUCUGAUAGAGCUCGUGUUUGGUGGAAAGACCUCACGAAAAGGCAAGUAGAGAACGUCAAACGUGCAGCGCUGACCGAGCAGCCUAGCGGAGGAGGAAACUGAAGAAAAAAGAUGAACAUGUGAACGGACUGAAAAUGCUGAAGGAUCUUUAUGUUGGGAAAUGUAAUUCUGAAACGAAUCAAAGUAUUACACUAUAAGGAUAUCUGCAAGGACUAUUUACAACUGCAAGCAAAGUGCACAGAAAUAUUUUAUCCAGAUUUUUCCUAAAGAAAAUAACGGGAUUUGUUGGGGGAAUUUGCAUCUCGCCAAGGCAGCAGGCACGGGAUGGAAGAUCUGACGAGAGGGAGAGAGGACAGUGAAUGAAGACCGUAAAGAAAAGAACUACCGCCACUUUUUCAGUUUUAUCUGCUGAGCUCCAGACUGAUGAGUGGAUCUAAAGGUGCUGGACUGUCGGGCUGAUAGACGGGAAGACAGGGGAAAGGGAAGACAGGGGAAGACAGGGGAAGACAGGGAAGGGAAGAGAAGAGAGAAGACUUUGUGAGCUGAGUAGGAGACCCGACGUGUAUGUUGGUCACGUGCAGUUGUUGCUGAGACUCACUCAGACGGACCAUGUGGUUUUUGCCAAGGAGAAACUGUUGCCUCUCCUCUCAGCAGCAGGACCAUGGGGUCUGGCAUGGUGCCCACAUACCCAGCGCCAUCUCCAGCCUCAGCAUCACCACGUCUUUCUGGAUCGUAACUUCUUCCUGGUGCUUGGUGGCCGCCCAAAGCCAGUCCUACCACCCCACUGUGAACACGCAGUAUGGGAAACUCCGGGGGGUGAGAGUGCCCCUACCCAGUGAGAUACUGGGACCAGUGGACCAGUAUUUGGGGGUCCCGUAUGCAGCCUCCCCAGUGGGGGAGAAACGCUUCCUGCCCCCUGAGCCGCCCUCCUCCUGGUCAGGGAUAAAGAACACCACCCACUUUGCCCCCGUUUGCCCCCAGAAUAUUCACAACGCCGUACCAGAGAUUAUGAUGCCCAUAUGGUUCUCCUUCAGCCUGGAUAUAGUGGCCUCUUACAUACAGGAUCAAAACGAGGACUGUUUGUAUCUAAACAUCUACGUUCCUACGGAGGAUGUCAAAAGAAUAUCCAAGGAAUGUGCCAGGAAACCCAACAAGAAAAUGUGUAGAAAAGGAGGGGCACAAGGCAAAAAACAGGCCGAGGAUUUAUCGGAUAACGAUGGUGACGAAGACGAAGACAUACGAGACACCGGGGCCAAACCGGUGAUGGUGUACAUCCACGGGGGAUCCUACAUGGAGGGGACCGGGAAUAUGAUCGACGGGAGUGUCCUGGCCAGCUACGGGAACGUCAUCGUGAUCACCCUGAACUACCGCGUCGGCGUACUAGGGUUCCUGUCUACAGGAGACCAGGCAGCUAAGGGGAACUACGGCCUACUGGACCAGAUCCAGGCUCUGAGGUGGAUCAGUGAGAACAUUGGAUACUUCGGAGGAGACUCCAACCGUAUCACGGUGUUCGGAUCUGGGAUAGGAGCAUCCUGUGUCAGCCUGCUCACCCUCUCACACCACUCUGAAGGUCUGUUCCACCGUGCCAUCAUCCAGAGUGGCUCUGCCCUGUCCAGCUGGGCGGUCAACUACCAGCCUGUGAAGUACACCCGUCUGCUGUCUGAGAAGGUGGGCUGUAACGUUCUGGAUACCCUGGACAUGGUGGACUGUCUGAGGAAGAAGAGUGCCAGGGAGCUGGUUGAGCAGGACAUUCAGCCAGCACGGUACCAUGUGGCCUUCGGACCGGUUAUAGACGGAGACGUCAUACCUGAUGAUCCAGAGAUCCUCAUGGAGCAGGGAGAGUUCCUGAAUUAUGACAUCAUGCUGGGAAUCAACCAGGGGGAGGGGCUUCGCUUUGUUGACAACGUGGUCGACUCAGAGGACGGCAUCUCCGGCAACGACUUUGACUUCUCAGUGUCGGACUUCGUUGACAGCCUCUACGGUUACCCAGAAGGCAAAGACACUCUGAGAGAAACCAUCAAGUUCAUGUACACGGACUGGGCGGACCGUGAAAACCCAGAGACACGACGCAAGACGCUGGUCGCCCUGUUCACCGACCACCAGUGGGUGGAGCCGUCGGUGGUGACUGCGGACCUCCACGCCCGUUACGGCUCGCCGACAUACUUCUACGCCUUCUACCACCACUGCCAGAGUCUGAUGAAGCCGGCCUGGUCGGACGCAGCCCACGGGGACGAGGUUCCCUACGUGUUCGGGAUCCCCAUGAUCGGACCUACAGACCUGUUCCCCUGUAACUUCUCCAAGAACGACAUCAUGCUCAGCGCCGUGGUGAUGACAUACUGGACCAACUUCGCCAAGACCGGGGACCCCAACAAGCCUGUUCCUCAGGACACAAAGUUCAUCCACACCAAGGCUAACCGCUUCGAGGAGGUAGCCUGGUCUAAGUACAACCCCCAGGAUCAGCUGUACCUCCAUAUCGGCCUGAAGCCCCGCGUCAGGGACCACUACCGAGCCACCAAGGUGGCCUUCUGGAAACACCUGGUUCCCCAUCUGUAUAACCUUCACGACAUGUUCCACUACACCUCUACCACCACCAAGGUCCCCCCGUCCGAGACGACCCAGAACUCCCUGUCCACUAAGAAGACGUGGCCCUUCAACACCAAGAGGCCCCCUAUGUCCCCGGCCUACAACAACGAGGAUAAUGAGGCGUGGAACGGAGACGAGGAGACCGGGCCGUUGGUCAUAGAGAACCCCAGGGACUACUCUACGGAGCUCAGCGUCACCAUCGCCGUGGGAGCCUCGCUGCUCUUCCUCAACGUUCUAGCCUUCGCAGCGCUUUACUACCGGAAGGAUAAACGGAGGGAGGCUUCGGCAGGUCACCGGGGUCAACCCAGCCCACAGACCCGCCAUGGCCAGGCUACGUCCAACGACAUCGGUCACCACCAGCGUCCCAACGAGGAGGAGAUCAUGUCCCUGCAGAUCAACCAGACGCACCACGAGUGUGAGGCAAUGGGGGUGGGGAACCCGGGGAAUGACGGAGGGCUGCGUCUGGCCUCGCUUCCCGACUACACUCUGACCCUGCGGAGGUCACCGGACGACAUUCCUCUGAUGACCCCCAAUACCAUCACCAUGAUCCCAAACUCUCUGGUGGGGAUGCCCAACCUGCACCCUUACAACACUUUCACAGCCGGGUUCAACUCCACCGGCCUGCCCCACUCCCACUCCACCACCCGGGUAUAGCUUUACGGAGGAGAGGGGGAUGGUGGAGGAGAGGGUGAUGGAGGAGGAGAAGAGGAUUCUGUUUUUAUAAAUAUCACAGGGAAAGGGUUUGGGGGGAGGUGGCGGAAAGAAGGCAGGAAUAAGUGAGUGGGAUUAAAAAGUAAAGAGAUUUAACGAGACUUUUACUACCAAGAAGAGGACAGAGAGUGUCUGAGAGGAGAGGAGAGCUCACUGCUUUCUGUGUGGAUGUCAAGUUGUGCAGAGCUGCCAAAAUCAAAUUGCUAUUCCUCCCUGCCUCGAUGGGAUGGGGCUGAGGAGGGAGGGGUCCUUUCUGUUGUGUUUUAUUUUCUAAUAAUCAUUUUAAAAGCCUUUUUAAGCAGACUGACAGGGGAAAUGAUCAACACAUUCUUCUUGAAUUCAUAACACCAAGAGAAAAGUGUCUUUGUCUUUCGCGUCUUUGUCUCUCCUGAGGAAGACAGACAUCAAACAAAGGCCUCUACCAGGAAAUCAGCAUCGUUUGAGUCGCUUAUUUUGUUUUGUUUCAAUGCCUUACAAAAGCUUGUCUUGUUUAGAUUUGUUUUAAUCAUUCUUCAUUUCUAUUGUUCCCAGAGACUAUUCCAUGUGGAGGGUGUGAUAUUUUCACUCAAAAGACACAAGUGACUGAAUCAUGAACUGAACUGGUACCAAGAGUAUCAACUCUACUGCAGUGUUGAAGAUGCAGAGAAUGAAAAAGCAUCUUGGUGCAGCUAGCUUCUCUGUUGCGUAUCCACACAACAACCACAGCCACGCAGAUGGUGGUAUCUUUUAUUAAAUCUCCCAUAGAGAGGAUUCGUCUGGAAUAGACUCUGCCAUCCCAGAUGACACCACAGAAAUAACAACUAUGUUACUGUGAUUGUUUUG